AUGCCGCGCUCGUUCCUGGUGGACUCGCUGGUGCUGCGCGAGGCGGGCGACAAGAAGGCCCCCGAGGGCAGCAGCCCUCCGCCGCUCUUCCCCUACGCGGUGCCCCCGCCGCACGCGCUGCACGGCCUGUCGCCCGGCGCCUGCCACGCGCGCAAGGCCGGCUUGCUGUGCGUGUGUCCCCUGUGCGUCACCGCCUCGCAGCUGCACGGGCCUCCCGGGCCGCCCGCGCUGCCGCUGCUCAAGGCGUCCUUCCCGCCCUUCGGAUCGCAGUACUGCCACGCGCCCCUGGGUCGCCAGCACUCGGCCGUGUCCCCCGGAGUCGCUCACGGUCCCGCCGCCGCCGCCGCGGCCGCAGCGCUGUACCAGACCUCCUACCCGCUGCCGGACCCCAGGCAGUUCCACUGCAUCUCCGUGGACAGCGGCGCGAACCAGCUUCCCAGCAGCAAGAGGAUGCGCACGGCGUUCACCAGCACGCAGCUGCUGGAGCUGGAGCGCGAGUUCGCCUCCAACAUGUACCUGUCCCGCCUGCGCCGCAUCGAGAUCGCGACCUACCUGAAUCUGUCCGAGAAGCAGGUGAAGAUCUGGUUUCAGAACCGCCGGGUGAAGCACAAGAAGGAGGGCAAGGGCAACGGGCACCGCGGCGGUGGCGGUAGCUCUGGCGGCGGCGGCGGAGGCGCGGGUGCCGGCGGGGCCGCCGCGCCAGGCUGCAAGUGCGCUUCGCUUUCCUCGGCUAAGUGCUCCGAGGAUGACGACGAAUUGCCCAUGUCUCCGUCCCCCUCCGGGAAGGACGACAGGGAUCUCACGGUCACUCCGUAG